CCCACAGACAUAGGCAUACUUCCGGGUGUGAACGCGGCGGGUACCUGCUGGGGUCAUAACUAUGUGCUAUCGACGCCCCAGUGUGUGAGAGACGGGCUGCGGUGUCUACUCUGUGCUCCUGUCAUUGGGUUUCAGGGCCCCGGGCGCAACAUGCGCUUCAACGAGAAGGAGCUGCUGUCUCUGUCCAGGCAGAGAGCAGAGAAGGCGGCUGAGCUGAGCAUGAGGGCUCCCAAGAAAGGCAGCGUUUUUCUCUACCCAGUACUGAAGAAGCGUCUGGUAAAAUUGGUUGUGAAUUUUCUCUUUUAUUUCCGGGCAGAUGAGGAGGAGCCUAUUGGAGCACUGCUUUUAGAACAUUGCAGAGUUAUGAAAGAAAAAGAAAAAGGUUUCUCAAUAAACUUUAUCGAUGAGCCAGACAGAAAGUACAUUUUUGAAUGCAACAGUCGAGAACAGUGCGAAGAGUGGGUGGAAGCACUGACUAAUGCGAGCUACGAGUUCAUGAGGAGAAGUCUCCUUUUUUAUAGGAACGAAAUACUAAAAAUGACUGGGAAGGACCCUUUGGAGCAGUAUGGGAUAUCUGAUGAAUCUCGAUUUCAGCUAGAACCCCCGGAUACCUAAAGUACAGUAAUUCUUACUUUAUUUGCCCAGUGUGACUUUUGUCAAGCCUGACCUUUCUCCAUAAAACCAGGUUUAUUGGAUAGACUGACUCCGUCUGAUGCGUUACCUCAAAAUGGAACUACAUGGAUUCUUAAAUCUUCAAAGCCAUGUUAUCAUAGUCUCCAUCAUGAAGUCAGGUAGAUUCUGAUAAAGAUAUAAUCAGCAAUAAUGGUGGUGGAGUAGUAAAUCCAUUUGUCUUAAAAAAAAAAAAAAAACAUGUUAACGACGUGUGGGCGUAUAAAAUGGUCUGAUAGAGUUGGAGUAAAGACAAAACUGCUUUGUAACUUUCAAUUAGUGGCCUUUAGUUUACCUGUGAGGAAACUUAAAUGAUUCAUCUGUUGUACUGUAUUUGUGAGAAUCUUGAUAUUGAAUUUCCUGGCUCACAUCAAUAUUGUAAUCACAUGGUUCAAGCAUUACAAGUUUGUUUUUUCCUUACAUAACUACUUACUU